AUGUCGAAGCCCGCCGAGCCAAUCGAAGAAGAGGAGUCGGAGCCCAUCGUCGAUGAUGCCCCUGAAGAGCUCACGGAGCCGCUGGAGCCCAGAAGAAGUCGGGAACUGCUUCAAGAAGCCGGUUUGGAGUCGAGGAAUCUCGAGGUCAAGAAGACGGAGCAAAAAGAGCAUUGGCAGCCGACUCGGCCACUCACCAAGACGAUUUUGCAAAUCGCCAAAGAAGAGGGUGAUGUUUUGAGCCAAGAGUCGUUGAGUAAGCGCCUUUUCAUCUAUUGUAAAUGAUCACACACUUUUCAGAGUUGAUCGACAGAUCCACUCCGACCGUUCGUAACUAUUCGUCGAGUUCCGAAGACGUUGCCGAGGCGAUGGAGAAGAUCAAAGAGUGGAUCGAUAUAACGAAAGAGUUCUCGGAUGCGGGCGCGGUGUUCUUCGAGAAACUCGCCGAUAAUCUGGAAGUGUUCGGCACUAUGGGAUCGCUGGUGAAAGUGUUCAUCACUUUGACGCAACCGCACAAGGAAGAUCCGAUUAUGAAAGAGCUGGGCGUGCUCAAGAAUCAAUUGCAAACUGUGAGCUGGAGGAGAACCCGGUCUCUCUCAAAUCAUGUGUCAUUUGUAGUUGUCGGAUAGCAUGACGCAUCAGUUUAGCGAGUUGAAGGGAUUCAUCGUCGAGCAGCAAUUCUUCUCGGUACGCUGCUCAUGGAGAUUAUUGUGCUCAUUCAAUAUUUUCAGAGCUACGCCCACAAAGCGACCGUCCUAUUCGAGUACAUGCUCGACACGCUGACAACUGCUCAUCCAAAAGCCAAAGAGCUGUUCGAGACCGAGUACAACAGCAGGCUACCCGUCACUUUUGUCACUGUACGUUCACGUUUCCCAAACUUUUUGCGGAAUUCGACAAUUCAAACAAAAACCAAAUUGUCAGGAAAUGCUGGCAAUGCUCGAAACCGACGCUACGAACCCGCUAAAAGUGAACAUGAACGGCGAUGAGCUCAUGUCAAGUGCCACGUUUAACAAAUGGACGGAUGUUCUGAACAGUACUCUCACACAAUUUGUCAGUUUUGUUGAGUCCGUCACAAAAACUGUUCAAUUUUAGUUGGUGCUCGAAACGUUUGCUGCCGGAUUCCUUCAUCCGGACGACAAGUACAUGGAGCAGAAGAUCAUCGAGAAAAUUGCGCGGUUUGUGACGCUUGUCAAAAAUUGGGACAACGACUACCGGACCGGAUCACACUAUUGGCCGAAAUGUGUUGAGCAACUGGUGUACAAGAUUCAAGAUGACUCGUCGUUUCGUAGAGACGAGGAUAAGAUCGAGGAGAUUCAGAAGGGACUGCUAAAGAUUCAUACAAAGUGAGCCAAACGAUCCUUGAAGCUACGCCACUCAACUUCUAAACGUUCCGUGUUCAGUGACCUCUUCUACGUCGUCUGUUUCGCUCCAAAUCUUCCGUGGCAUCGAGUGAUUUUCCGGCCCGAACAAGUGUUCUGCUCUCUGAAACGUGGCGGCUACAACGUGUUCGUCUACCGAUGCACCAAGUACGCGCCAGAAGACGUCAAACGACUGACGGACCGAAUGCACAGUCGCAUGAUGAACUUUCGCACGAGACAGAACUAUGACGCGUGGCUCGUCGAGGCGUAUCUCUACGGAUGGACGAACAACAGUCUCGGCGAGAACGCGUUCAUUAUGGUCAUCACGUCGGGAAACGUGGCGACGAGAUGGCCGAAGAACGUUUCCAACGGUCCCGGGGUGUUCACUUACGAGUCGAGACUCCGCAAGACUUCUCUGUUUGGCGGCACUUAUCCGGUUUACAUUUUCGUUGGCGCUGUUAAUGUCAAGUAG